ACGUGCUGAUUCAUAACAAAACACGCACACUAACAAACAUAUCAUGUGCAAAAGGAAUUAGUUGUACUUGUGAUAAUUUGUUUGUGAAUCAAUUUUUAUAGUUUCAUAUCGAGCAAAAGCCCGAUGAUAAAAGUAUUAGUACGAAUAAUGUAAGGAAAAUCUAUGAGAAAGUCAAGAUAAACUAAAAAAAAAGUUCCAUAAAACGUCAUAAUCUGCGAGUGAUUCAUAAUUUUAAAGGAAUUGGUUUUACAUUUCGCCUAGCACUUUACUAAAAUUCUUCAAAUUUCCCCUACCAGAAAUCGUUUGAUAAUAUUCCAUCGAUGUAGUCUGAUAAGAUAAGAGCUAUACACCGUAAUUGUAAUAGCUAACAAAAAUAUCAACAAACCACACAUACACACAUGCACGAGCCUCACAUGCUUGAGGCCGAAUUGUUUAGAAAGAGACAGCUCGUUGUGUUGUGAAUCGCGCUUCACAUGUGAGAUAUUAGUUUCGGGCUUCGGGCUACCAGAUAGCGCGCACAUACAUGACUACCAAACGUCGUACUGUCGCAUUGAGAUUUUCUAAAAGAUUAUGACAUUGACAUGACAUUUGCUGCCAAUUGGUUUCAGUGUUCAGUGGUUGGUUAAUUGUGCGAACAAAGGCGAAAAAGGAGUGAAAAAAUCCAUUCGAUUGAUUUUUUCCACAGAAACUUUUUUCAAUUUCGUUUCGACGUUUACCACAACGACCACAAAACAACCGAACAAAAGAAAAUUUCCCGAAUAUCAUUCACGUUGAUCGUGAAAUAGUUGAGUUAAGUGAUUUUUGUGUGAAGAAAUUUCUACGUUCUUCUCUCUCUCUCUCGCUAUUACGUCGAUUAGUAGUGCAUUGUCGAUUUGUUAACCAGAAAGUAGUGUGACGUUCGUUCGUAAUGAGGCUAUAAUUAUAAACAGAAUAAGAUGACAAAUCAAACCACUUGAAGCGAUUCUGUUUCAUAACUCAGAACUAUUCGGAAAAUAACACGUAGAAACGAUUAUCGAAAAAAAACAAACGUCAUUAGUGAAUGUACAUUUGUAGUAGUCCGGCUACCAAAGUGAUUUAACAACUGUCAAAAAACGAAAACAUUUUCUUUUGCCGUCCCAAUCAACAAUUGAGUUGCGGAACAAAAAUCAAAAUAAUGCGAAGUCGCAGUAAUUCGGGUGUCCGAUUGGACCAGUACCAACGAAUUGUACACAAAUUGAUAAUAGCACAUCAACAGCCAGUAACGGGUCUGUUUCCAGCUUCACCAAACAAUUCACAUGCUUGGAUACGUGACAAUGUGUACUGUAUUCUUGCCGUGUGGGGCCUAUCAAUGGCGUACAAAAAAAUCGCCGAUCAAGAUGAAGAUCGAGCCAAAGCCUACGAAUUGGAACAGAGUUGCGUGAAAUUGAUGCGCGGUCUGUUGAUGGCGAUGAUGCAACAAAAAGACAAAGUUGAAAAAUUCAAAACCACACAGAAUCCACUCGAUUCGUUGCACGCCAAAUAUUCAAGCCGCAACGGACAAACCGUCGUGAAGGACAAUGAAUGGGGUCACCUCCAAAUCGACGCAAUUUCAUUGUAUUUGCUCAUCUUGGGCCAAAUGACAGCAUCUGGAUUGCAAAUCGUUUUCUCGUUAGACGAAGUUGCCUUCAUUCAAAAUCUUGUCUUCUACAUCGAGUCAGCUUAUUGCAUACCAGACUAUGGUAUUUGGGAACGUGGUGAUAAAACCAAUCAUGGUUUACCCGAAUUGAAUGCCAGUUCAAUUGGCAUGGCAAAAGCUGCUCUCGAAGCUCUAAAUGAGCUCGACUUAUUCGGAGCACGUGGCGGAUCGGCCAGUGUUAUUCAUGUGUUGGCAGAUGAAGCUCACAAGUGCCAAGCGGUUUUGCAGUCGAUGCUACCAAGAGAAUCGAACAGCAAAGAAUUAGACUCAGGUCUGCUGUCGAUCAUUGGAUUUCCAGCAUUCGCUGUUGACGACCCACAGCUAAUCGUCAACACACAAGAGGCAAUAAUUACCAAACUACAGGGAAAAUACGGUUGCAAACGAUUCCUUCGGGAUGGAUACCGAACACCGAAGGAAGACUGCGCCCGUUUGUACUACGAACGAUGGGAAUUACGAAUGUUUGAGAACAUUGAAUGCGAGUGGCCACUCUUCUACUCGUACCUCAUUCUCUUUCAUUUGUUCCAAAAUGAUAAAAUAGCCGUCUCGAAAUAUGCCGCUAAACUCGAAGAAGUUUUGGUCAAAUCGGACGAUGGAAUGUACUUGAUGCCGGAGAGUUAUGCUGUACCAGCCGAUUUAGUACCGGCUGAAUAUUCAAACCCUGGCUCGCAACCACGAGAAGUCGUGGGCCGUUGCCCAUUUCUAUGGGGCCAAUCGCUUUAUAUUCUUGGGAAAUUGCUUCAAGAGGGUUUUCUUGCCGUUGGAGAGCUCGAUCCAUUGAAUCGUCGUUUGGGCGCACAGAAAAAACCAGAUGUCGUUGUGCAAGUCGUCAUAUUGGCUGAGGACAAUGAAAUACGUGACAAAUUAGCAGAACACGAUUUGCACGUGCAAACAAUAGCCGAAGUAGCUCCGAUUGAAGUUCAACCAGCCCGUGUACUUAGCCACCUUUACACUUAUUUGGGUCGCAAUAAGAAGCUUGGUCUGUCCGGUCGAAAGUCUCGAGAUGUUGGUAUUUUGAGUACCAGCAAAUUAUAUUCUCUAAAAGAUCGCGUGUUUGCAUUCACGCCACAGAAUUUCGACUAUGAAGAAUACUAUACGACACGUGACCCAGCACUAUUAGCUAGCAUUUUCACGACUAAUCUCGCAUUUGUCGCAAGUAAUUGGCGUCAUAUGUUGGGACGACCAACUAUAACGUUAUUGGCUACUCACUAUCUACUAGAUCACGGUCGUGUGCCAUUAGCCAUGGUUCAAACAAUGAAAAAAUUGAAAUCUGGCUAUAUUAACGGUACUCGCGUUAUGCUCGGCCAUCUUGGUGAUUUCUUGAACACAUCUGCCAUCACCGAUUUGAGCUUUUUGGGAUCACAAGAGGAUGGAUAUCCAGAUCGUUUAAAUCCAGAUGUCCAAGCCUACUUGAAUGAGCAUCUCUUCCGUUCCUUCAGCCACAAGAGCACCGUUAGCGUUCGCCAAACUACGUUGCGACCACGACAAUUGCGCAGACGAAUGUCAUGCAAGGGAGCAAUUAAGAAGACUCGUUCAAUCAACGCAGAUUCUGAUACCCUUGGAAUGGAAGGGAAUGUGAUUGAACGUCGCACAUCAACCGCCCAGCUGUGGGCUGAUGCGCGCCAGCAAACCGUACCAUCAACAUCGGCAACAUCACCCGUUACAGUGCCAGCAUACUCGAAUAUAUUUGUGACACCGCCGGAUCAUGAUCAUCGGCCUCAUUUGGAGCGGAUGAAAGAGGUUGACAAGCCGGAAAUCGCAGCAAGUAAGCUUAGUCAAAUCAAGAACAAACACGACGUGCCAAAAAUUCAGUUGGGACCAGCCAGUGGCCGAACACGUGGCAAUGCCGACACAAAUUUCGCCGACACCGAAGUGGAAGAAUUGAUUGCCAUGCUACGAGAAACUGAGAAUUUAGAAGAGCAAGGAGAUAUUUUACAGUAUCUCGUUGACAAUCAAGGUCUUGACUACAAUACCGAUAAAUCCGAAACUUUUUCCACAUCUGAAGGGAUGUUAGAACAAGGUCGUGUUGUUACAGUGAGGAUGUUGCUGAAGGGACUGUAUGAAAAAGCAUGCCAACAGAAACUCUGGGGUCUCGUGCGUCACACAGCCGGAAUGCUUGGAAAACGCGUUGAAGAUUUGGCGAAAGCAGUCACUGAUCUGCUCGUCCGACAAAAACAAGUGACAGUUGGAAUGCCACCAAAUAACGAAUACACCAUCACGGCUCCAUUACCUGAACCGGAGCUUCGACAACUCAUCCAUGAGGCAUACGGAGACGAUGAGAGUACAGCAAUGUUAACACAAGAGCUCAUGGUUUAUUUGGCCAUGUUCAUUCGCACAGAACCACAACUUUUCAUUGAAAUGUUGCGUUUGCGAGUUGGUCUAAUCAUUCAGGUGAUGGCCAAGGAAUUGUCGCGAACGCUGAACUGCGAUGGCGAACAAGCAUCGGAACAUUUGCUUAAUUUAUCGCCGUUUGAGAUGAAAAAUCUACUCUACCACAUUUUGAGUGGCAAAGAAUUUGCCGUUAGCAGUGUUGCCCGUGGUAACUUCACAAUUGUGAGCACAACAUCGGGUCGUGUGAGUAAAAAGAGUCAAAUUGGAUUUGCGCCACCGGAACAAGACGAUCUCGAAGUGCAAAUCGAUGAUCGCCAGGGACAAUGGUUGAGACGGCGUCGUUUGGAUGGUGCCUUGAAUCGUGUACCACGCGAUUUCUACUCGAGAGUUUGGACAGUUUUGGAACGAUGCCAAGGACUUGCCAUCGAGGGUCGUGUUUUGCCACAAAGUUUAACGCAAGAAAUGACACCCGGUGAAUUGAAAUUCGCCUUAGAAGUGGAAACCGCCUUGAAUACAAUUCCACAGCCCGAAUACCGUCAACUGGUGGUCGAGGCACUGAUGGUGUUAACACUGGUGACUGAACACAAUAUGGUUUCGAAUUUGGGUGACAUAAUUUGUGUGGAGCAUCUGGUGCACAAAGCCAAUCAAAUAUUCCUCGAUGAACAGCGUAAAAGCAACGGUGACGCAAUGUUAUGCUGUGCUAAGGAAAACAAUGAAUCUCUCGCGCACACAAAUGGCCUUUUGUGUGGUGGAGUCGCUUAUAUAUGCCAACACUUUUAUGACAGCGCACCAAGCGGUAGCUACGGUACGAUGGUUUACAUUGCCAAAGCCGUUGCUGCGGUUCUAAAUUGCUUGCCCAAGCAUGGAGAGGCUGAGUGCACCAUUUCUUAGAUUAUUGUUAGAUGCCAAAGACUCAAACAUUUUAAUGUGCAGAAAUUCUAUACUAUUUUACAGCAAGGAAACAAAAACACAGAAUAUAAAAUAUAUUUAUAGCAAUAAUUAGUGAUGAUGAUGAUGAUAUGGUUAGAAGAAUUGUAGAGCGAGGAGUUUUAUCCAAUUCCUUCCUUUAACUUAUUGUUAUAGAAGACAGAGACUUACUGUUUCCAUAAUAUUUUCAAUUGUUUGUUCAGCGAAAUGAAUUCUAACAGUGAGAUUUGUUAACACCACCCAUUUACAGCGUUCCUAACUUAACAUUGAUUGUUUCAUUUAGAUAAUUUCAAUAAAAUUCGUAUACAAAAAGAAGAAAAA